GUCAGCAGCUCAUCCUGGGCGCGGAGGGCUGGAGUAGAGCCUGAGGAGCCAUGCAGGCCGCAGAUCUGGGCGGGGGCGGCGUGGCCGGAGGUGCUGAAGGCCAGGGCGGCCCAGAUGUCCCUGGCGGCCAGGAAGGCCCCGGUGGAGGUGGCGCGGGAGAGGCCGGUGCCGCCGCCGGUGGCGCCCCACCAGUCGAACGGGCCCCGCACGCCCCUGGGCCGGGCGGAGAUGCCUUGCGCGGGCUGGGUGGGCACGCCUUGCCUGGGCCUGGUGGACACGCCGCGCCAUGGCCGGGUGGACACGCUGCCCCGGGACCCGGUGGACACGCCGCGCCGGGACCAGGUGGACACGCUGGGCCGUGGCCUGGUACACACGCUGCAUCGAGGCUGGGCGGGCCCGUCAGGCCCACAGCCACAGGACCAGGGAGCCAGCUGCUCCAGUUCUCCCUCACCGUGUCUUUCCCGUCGCCCGUGGAGGCAGAGAUGGCCGGCCAGUCCCUGGCCCCACGUGUCCAGCCCUACCAAGGGGCAGUUCAGAAGGAGCUCAUAGUGUCCGGCAACAUCCUAGCUAUCCGACUGACUGCAGGAGACCCUGGCCAACUCCGGAUUUCCAUCACCUCCUGUCUCAACCAGCUUUCUCUGUUGGUUCAGACCAUGCAGCACUCUGUGCCCCUGUUUUUCACUAAGCCUAGACCAGGAAACCGGGCCUAAGACUAACCUAGGGUCUCUGCCUAGACAGUGCACCCUUCCCCAGGGCAUCGAUUCCUACACUAGUUGCCACUUUAUUGUUUGCUUGUUUUGGCCUUUGGGCACUCUUGGCCCUGCUGUUGCCCUGUUACUGGAGGAGGAGGGUAUUUCAAUGUUUGUUACAGCAAAAAAUAAAACCGAAUUAUCAUUCUG